AACCCUUUUAUCGAUGACCCGCUGCUAAAGCGAACGCUGCGAAGGCUCGUACCUCGAAAAGAUUUUGAUCGAGUUGCUAAGGAUCUGUCUUGUUUUGGUGAUCGUAUUGUCACUGAAAUAAAUCACCUAGGACGACAAUGCGAGCUAAAUCAGCCCAGAUUAGAACAGCAUGACGCUUGGGGACGAAGGGUGGACAAUCUAAUAGUCUGCCCGGAGUGGUAUCGCUUAAAAGAGAUUUGCGCAGAAGAAGGAUUGAUAGCGCUCGGAUAUGAUGACAACGUGGACCCCAUUACGAGGCGAAUGCAUCAGAUAGCCAAACUCUACUUAUUCUCACCAUCAGCUGGCUUAGUCACUUGUCCUAUGGCCAUGACUGAUGGUGCUGUAAAAACGCUGAAGACCCUUGGCCUUUACGGAAAACACGAUUUGGCCACGGAAUGCGUAGAGCGCCUCCUGUCCACAGACGGUAAGAAAGCGUGGACUUCGGGACAAUGGAUGACUGAAAAAGGUGGCGGAAGUGAUGUUGGUGGAGGUUGUGAUACGUAUGCUGUACAUAUGGAAGAUGACAAGGUUAGCGCUUUCAUGCUUUGUACAUCGCUGGACACAACAAAAGCAUAUUGUAACUGA